AUGGAAGAAGCUGAACUGCUGAAGGAAAGGUUCCAGGCCAUAACAGACAAGAGAAAGCUUCAAGAAGAAAUUACACAGAAGCGUCUUAAAGUAGAAGAAGAAAAAUUAAAAUACCAGCAUUUGAAGAAAAAGGCCCUUCGGGAGAAAUGGCUCUUGGAUGGUCUGAGUGCUCUCACUCCAAAAGAGCAAGAAAAAAUGCAAAAGCACAAUAGGGAAGACCAGGAACGGACCAACGAGCUGCAACAAAGCAUCCUCAGACUUGAGAAAGAAAUUGAAGCUCUGGAAAAAGAAGAGAUGAAAAUCUCAGUUAAUGAACAGGCAAUUUUAAAGAAGCUUAAAUCAGUUGAGAGAACAGCAGAAGAUAUCUUAAAGUCUGUGAAGGCAGCUAAAGCAGAAAUUCAAGAAGAGGCAGUGGACUACAUAUAUACCAAUAUACCUGACCUUCCAAAAUCCUUCAGACCUUCUGCACUGAAAAGGGCAGGACAUGCAGGAACUGAGGAUGAGGAGGAAAACAGAAGAGCAUUGUUUGCCAUGGAAAUUAAAGUUGAGAAAGACAUGAAGACUGGGGAAAGCACAGUUUUGUCUACCAUACCUCUUCCAUCUGAUGAGUUUAAAAGUACAGGAGUAAAAGUCUAUGACGAUGGUAGGAAGUCAGUCUAUGCAACGUGGUCCAAUGGCAGUGUAACACACAAUGGCAUAGAUGAGCUUGCACCUGUUGAGGUGGAAGAUCUUUUAAGAAAAGCAACUGAAAAAAAUGCUAAAUCUCCUACAGAGUAUCAUGAGCCUGUGUAUGCAAACCAGUUUUAUAGGCCAACAACUCCCCAGAAAGACAAAUUAGUUCCUGGACCAAAUUUGGAAGACACUGUUAAAAAAGAGACUAAUGAACUUGGCAAUCAUCAAAAUGAAUCUUUCUAUAACAAAGGCAACAGGCAACACAAUGAAGAAAAUGGUUUUGAUCUUCCCAAAUUAAUACUGCCAAAGUCUCCCUCUCCAGGGUCUCAGCAAAAAGAGGGAAAGGUACACAUUAGUCCAAAAACCAGGAUAAUACAUAAUGACGAAAGAGGAGUUCUACAAAAGGAUUUGGAACCCUAUCAGAAAACAAGAGAGAGUGAUUGUGAGGCAAUGUUUAUGAACUCAGAGAAUACCAGUGAAAAGUCUCCUGUCACUCAGGAUGCUGAUGAAGAUGUUAGGUACAGCAUUGUUCAAGCUGUGCCAUGUUAUGUGGAUGAUACAGAACCGGUUACAAUGAUUUUCAUGGGUUAUCAGCAUGUAGAUGAUGAUGAUGAAGAAGCAGCAGCAAACAAAAACUUGUCCAGAUAUGAUGGAAUUAUCCAUGCGGAACUGGUUGUCAUUGAUGAUGAUGAUGAUGAAGAAGACAGUAAAUCUGAGAGACCGUCAUAUCAUCCUGUAGGCCAUUACAGUCAAGUUUACCAGCCACCCAACAAACAAAUAGCAGAAGUUCCACAGAGGAUCCCAGAGGGCAAUCUAGGUGGAAACAUGAAUAAAUCAUCCCACAAAAAUUCCAUAUCACUGCAAGAACAAGAGGAAAGUUUGAGCUCUCCUAUGUACCAUACUCAUCUCGAUGGCCAGCUAUCUGGAGAUGGUACAGAGGAUCCCUCAUUAACAGCUCUGAGGAUGAGAAUGGCAAAGCUGGGGAAAAAGGUGAUUUAA